CACACAUACACACACACAAGCCCUGUUCAUCCGGCCCCCCCGUGCAUGAACAGCCCCUGCCCCUGCAAUUCAGCUGUGCCCAUGGAGGUCUAGGCGGGAAGCGACAGGUAGAGGCGUGCCAUGGAUUGCACCAUCAAGGAGGCGUUGUCAGUUGUAAGCGAGGACCAGUCAAUAUUUGACCCAUCUUUUGGCACUCCGCACCUCUUGAAGACUGAGCUGCCCUCUGUGGAUGACUAUGGUGGCAAGGAAGGCAUCGGUUUAGAGGAGCCCCAGUGGCCAGCCCCGGCCAACAACAGAGUCCAUGUGGUGAAGCAGGAGAAUGAGCAAGUCAAUUGCUCCAGCAGCAGACAAUCUCCUGUAGACUGUAGUGUGACCCGGAGGAGCAAGGCAGGAGGAGCAGUUGACCCAUCUCAGGUAUCCUAUCCAGGUGGAUACAACAACCAGCGAAGCAGCCCUUCUGUCAACCCUCCAGGCGAGGAGAAGAGAGUCAUUGUCCCGGCAGAUCCUAGUGUGUGGACCCAUGAUCAUGUCCGUCAGUGGUUGGAUUGGGCAGUGAAGGAGUAUGGCCUCCUGGACAUUGAAACCAGCCUCUUCCAGCAUGUGGAUGGCAAGGAGUUGUGCAAACUUGGCAAGGAAGGUUUCAUACGCCUCACCACACCAUACAACGCAGAUGUGUUGCUGUCUCACCUCUCUUACCUGCGCCAAAGCAGCCCCACUUUUACAUAUCCAUCUGCGCCAGUCAUUACACAGCAACCUCCUCCGCCGCCACCAAGGGCCCAAGUCAAAACCGAGUCUCCAUAUGAGGAAAUCCGGCGGAGCAGCUGGGGUAGUGGCCCUACCAGUACAACUUCCAAAGGUUCGCCACCACAGAUCCAGGGUGUGGGUCGAACUCCUGAUUCAACACGUGUUGCACCAGAUCCAUACCAGGUCCUGGGACCCACCAGCAGCCGCUUGGCAAACCCAGGCAGCGGACAGAUCCAGCUAUGGCAGUUUCUCCUGGAGCUGCUGUCAGACAGCAGCAAUGCCAGCUGCAUCACUUGGGAGGGGACCAAUGGUGAGUUCAAAAUGACGGAUCCUGAUGAAGUGGCACGGCGAUGGGGCGAGCGCAAGAGCAAGCCCAACAUGAACUAUGACAAGCUGAGCCGGGCACUACGCUACUACUAUGACAAGAACAUCAUGACCAAGGUUCAUGGCAAGCGCUAUGCUUACAAGUUCGACUUCCAGGGCAUCAACCAGGCCCAGCAGGGGCAGCCAGGAGAGCCUGCCCUGUACAAGUAUCACCACACGGACCUACCCUAUCUUCCUUCUUACCAUCAGCAGAAGGUGGGCUUCAACUUGGGCCACACCAACCAGAUGCCCGCCUCGUCCACCGGCUACUUUGGGGCACCCUCUCCAUACUGGAAUUCCAGCAGUGGAAACAUCUACCAAAGCCCUGCCAUGCCACGGCAGCCGGGCAGCCACUUGAGUUCUUUCUUCUAGUCCACAGGGGUUCCAGAGAUACCUGAACUUCUGCUAUUUGGCAAACCUCGCCACUCAAACACCAGUCAGUUUCUAGAAUGGUGAAGUAUCAUCCCAAAUAAAGAGGGAUAGUGAAUGCCUCACCAGCAGCCAGCCGGGGGCAGCAUGCCCCUUUCAUCUCCUUCUGCUCUUCUAUAGACAUCUAUUUUUCUCACUUAUCACUGGACACAGCUGGAACCCCUAAAUGGUUGGAUCUUCUAUUGUCAGCAGUCUUCAGUUUGCACACACAGUCUGGGAGGGACUAGGUGUUAUAAGAGACAAGGAGCUGCUUCGUAUCUCCAGAAUCUUUAUCCCUUCGUAUGAUGGAGUGCUUGCUUGGUGUCUGUUGCAUGCUGCCUGAGACAAAAGAUAGCACCCUCUCCCCAGUUCCAUGUACAGAAGCCAAGUAGACUGGCAAUGCAAUCUUUUUCAAAACUAGUGAUGCCACAAUGUCCUCCAUAGUACCAGAGGCCAGCAGGCUAGCUCAGGAGGCAGAGCACAAACCAUCUCACACCAUGGUCUGCCUGUCACUACCAAGUCACCAUCACCUGAGGCAGAUCCACAGCCUGCCUUAUGGUAGAACUGGUCCUAAAGUUUUCCCUUUACCUUUAGUAAAUUGCACUCAGACUGGACUUUUUCACAUGGGAGGCAAGUAUCAUUAAAUCGUGACUAAAUCGUGGUAAUAGCACGAUCGGGGGGGGGGGGGUAUCACAUUCUUGCACGGUUCUCCCGUUCGUGUCCUGUGAAUAAACAGUAAUGGACGCGUCAUUGGGUAAUAAUUGCUAUAAUCACAAUUUAGGCACACUAACCAUGUUAUGCCUUCUUGUCACGUCAGUCUAACCAGUGCCAGCAACAACCUUGGUAACUUGCAUCCCUGGCACACUGAACUCCAAGGAACUGGUGCUCCAAUUCAAAGUGCCUUGCAGGCAACAAAAUCUAUGCCUGGAAUCUUAAAAUGCAUAGAAUAUGUAGCACAUUUGCUUGUGAAUACACUUCCCGCCACAACACACACUCGUGUUUUGUAGAAUUUGAUUGUUUUGUACUAGUUUUCUAUGUAUUAAAAGUUGUGCCAUAGUGUAAUAGAAGAAGCUCUCUGGAUUUGAUGGGAGGGGGAGAUUCAAAGUCAC